CAUCAUUCUGACCGGUAUCAUCUGCAUCCUCUUCCUCGGGCCCGAAUUUCAUCAGAAGUUGACUAGACAGCAUUAAGGACUUUUAGAUUUGCGUGGACUGAUACGUGUGACGUCCAUUCAAGGCAGUGCAUUAAAAGGACGUCGAUCGUAGCAAUCCACGUUGUCGUUGUGCAAAUCUAAAAGUCCCUAUUAUAGAUAUGGCCGACAGCAGCCAUCUUGCAUAUCAGUUUGACGAUUCCAUUUGUCCCGCUCGGGAAAGAAUCAGAACUAUUAUUGCUUCUCGAGACGAGGAAACGGAUAAAGCUUAUGAUGCCUGGGCUCACUAUUAUGACGAGGACAUGAUCACACUCGGGUAUGGAGGGUACGAAGCAAUGGGCGAUAACGUUAUAAAGUUUGUGGCAGACAAGAAUGCAAAGAUCCUGGAUUUCGGAUGUGGCACCGGCCUCUUUGGUCAGAAGCUUAGAUCUUUAGGAUACAUGAACACAUUUGGCGUUGACGCAGCUGACUCUUUCCUGGAGGAAAGUCGUAAGAAAGAGGUUUAUCUGGAGCUUGAAAAGCAUAGAUUUGGCAUCGGCCUCAAUGCACCUUACAAUGACAGUUCCUUUGAUGUCGUCAUGUCUAUAUCUGUAUUUGGGCCCAAUACAAUCAACCAUACUGCACUCUAUGAGAUCGACAGGAUAUUAUCCCCAGGUGGGUACCUUAUGAUGUUUAUCCGUAGAUCGCGACUUGAAAUGGAACGAGAAAACUUCAACGUGAAGGCGGUCUUGGAGGGGUGGGUGACCAGCGGGCAAUGGGAGCGCCUUUCCGACGGCAGAGGGAUCUACUACAGUAGACCAGACGGUGUGGGAGAGGGCGACGAGGCAGUGGAACAAGAUAUCGUCAUCAUUACCAUGCGAAAACUUCAAACUUCGACAUAAUCAUGCACGCAGGCGCGUACGCAAAGGGGGGGGGGGG